AUGGCCGAAUAUCAUGAAAAAGAUCCGUUCGAGGUAACUAGCGAUCCCUCAGCCUCAAAUCCGAACACAAAUUUCCCAUUAGAGGGCCGAGACAUAUUUACAGUGUCAGAAUCAGAGCUGGCUGCUAUUGCUGACACCGCUCCAUCACUUCAUACGCUUAGCGGUGCACGAGUAGCUCGAAUCUCACGAAACCUUGUGAUCAAGAAAUCGAUGUUGACCCUCCCUUCCGAAGCCGAAGCCAUGAAAUUGGUUUCUCAAAGGACAUCUAUCCAUCUUCCUCGGGUUUACCGAUCGUUUACUGUCUACGGGACUGGCGGUAUCUACGACUCCACUGGAUAUAUUGUUAUGGACUAUAUCGACGGUAUUUGUCUUUCAAAAUGUUGGGAGACGCUCCUUCCCAACGAACGCGAUGAUGUCAUUCGUCAAGUCGUGGAUAUGAUACGAGAAUUACAGUCUCUUCACCUCCCCUUCGUGGGCCCAAUUGGUGGCGGACCUAGCCACGGGAAAUGGUUCUCAAUAUACGGCUCCGGACCGUUUACUGGUGUUUCGGAUUUUGAAGAGUAUUGUAACGGAAGACUUGAGAUGGCAAAAACGACCGGAAAUACACCGACCAGUACCCCUCCUUUCAAAUUCUCGAGUUUCGUCAUGGUCCAUCAAGAUAUUGCACCUCGAAAUCUACUUCUACAUCCUUCUGGGCGGCUAUAUCUUAUCGACUGGGGAUGUGCGGGUGCAUAUCCUCCAAUUUUCGAAGCGGCUGCAGUCGCUCGCGAGUCAGACGAUGAUGGAUUCAGCCAUUCAGUUCUCCAGAGGCUUGAAUAUAACCAGCAAGCGCUUCAGCAACUUAUGAGUAUUCGCGCAGUCCUACAUUUUUUCAAUGAAACUGAUGUAAGUUUCUGUAACAUAAUCUCAUGGUUUCUAUAUAACUCACCAAUUCAUGGGAUUUUAAGGUCGAGAAGCUAG